AGGAUGAGUCGAGAGGGCUGAGCGGAGAGUGUGGUCCUUGGUGGCUGGAAGCUACAUCCUUGGCUUCUCUCAAUGACGAUUCCUGACUCGUGGCCCUGUCCAUCUUGGGAAGACAUCAUCCAGUUUCCUCAAUCCAGACCUCGGGGCCUGCCUUUCCCUAGCAUCACCGCCACCCAGCCUGGACACAUUGACCAAACUACUUUCUAGGACACAUCAUUCUGCAAGAUAUGGUGGUAAAUCUUGGCCCCAAGUCUUCAUGAUUGACGGGCUCUUUUGCACAACUCAGAGCACUCAGAAGGAGUGAAUGAAAUGUGCAGCUCGGGGCGUCAUUUCUGAAGGGAGGAGUCGUUCUCUUGGAGAGGAGUCCUCCAUGAGCCUGGCCGAGGCCCUGGAUCUGUGUGCAGUGGACUAAGGAUUUAGUAGGAUGUCAACUGAGACAGAACUUCAAGUAGCUGUGAAAACCAGCGCCAAGAAAGACUCCAGAAAGAAAGGUCAGGAUCGCAGCGAAGCCACUUUGAUAAAGAGGUUUAAAGGUGAAGGGGUCCGGUACAAGGCCAAACUGAUCGGGAUUGAUGAGGUGUCCGCAGCCCGGGGAGACAAGUUAUGUCAAGAUUCCAUGAUGAAGCUCAAGGGUGUUGUUGCUGGCGCUCGUUCCAAAGGAGAACACAAACAGAAAAUCUUUUUAACCAUCUCCUUUGGAGGAAUCAAAAUCUUUGAUGAGAAGACAGGGGCCCUUCAGCAUCAUCAUGCUGUUCACGAAAUUUCCUACAUUGCCAAGGACAUCACAGAUCACCGGGCGUUUGGAUACGUUUGUGGGAAGGAAGGGAAUCACAGAUUUGUGGCCAUAAAAACAGCCCAGGCGGCUGAACCUGUUAUUCUGGACUUGAGAGAUCUCUUUCAACUUAUUUAUGAAUUGAAGCAAAGAGAAGAAUUGGAAAAAAAGGCACAAAAGGAUAAGCAGUGUGAACAAGCUGUGUAUCAGACAAUUCUGGAAGAGGAUGUUGAAGAUCCUGUGUACCAGUACAUUGUGUUUGAGGCUGGACACGAGCCAAUCCGUGAUCCCGAAACAGAAGAAAACAUUUAUCAGGUUCCCACCAGCCAAAAGAAGGAAGGUGUUUAUGAUGUGCCAAAAAGUCAACCUGUAAGUAAUGGCCAGCCGAUUGAGGACUUUGAAGAACGGUUUGCCGCGGCCACCCCGGUAAGAAUGAGAGGGCCCUGUCUGGUGAACCAUCUCUUGUCAUUGUUCAUCAUUCAUUUCAUGCUCAUAAGUCUUGCCUUGUGGUUACAGAACAGAAACCUGCCGGUGGACUUUGAUGAGAUUUUGGAGGCAAUGAAGGCUGUGACCCAAUUAGAACUUUUUGGGGACAUGUCCACCCCUCCUGAUAUAACCUCUCCCCCCACUCCUGCAACUCCAGGUGAUGCCUUUAUCCCGUCUUCAUCUCAGACACUUCCGGCGAGUGCAGACAUGUUUGGUUCUGUACCUUUCGGCACUGCUGCUGUACCCUCAGGUUACGUUGCAAUGGGCGCCGUCCUCCCAUCCUUCUGGGGCCAGCAGCCCCUCGUCCAACAGCAGAUUGCCAUGGGUGCUCAGCCACCAGUCGCUCAGGUGAUGCCAGGGGCUCAGCCCAUCGCAUGGGGCCAGCCGGGUCUCUUCCCUGCCACUCAGCAGCCCUGGCCAACUGUGGCCGGGCAGUUUCCGCCCGCCGCCUUCAUGCCCACACAAACUGUUAUGCCUUUGCCAGCCGCCAUGUUCCAAGGUCCCCUCACCCCCCUUGCAACAGUCCCAGCCACGGGUGACUCCACCAGGUCAAGUCCACAGACCGACAAGCCCAGGCAGAAAAUGGGGAAAGAAAUGUUUAAGGAUUUCCAGAUGGCCCAGCCUCCACCAGUGCCCUCCCGCAAAUCCGACCAACCCUCCCUCACCUGUACCUCAGAGGCCUUCUCCAGUUACUUCAACAAAGUCGGGGUGGCACAGGAUACAGAUGACUGUGAUGACUUUGACAUCUCCCAGUUGAAUUUGACCCCUGUGACUUCUACCACGCCAUCAACCAACUCACCUCCAACCCCGGCCCCUCGACAGAGCUCUCCGUCCAAAUCGUCUGCAUCCCACGCCAGUGACCCCACCACAGAUGACAUCUUCGAAGAAGGCUUCGAAAGCCCCAGCAAGAGCGAAGAGCAAGAAGCUCCUGAUGGAUCACAGGCCUCAUCCAACAGUGAUCCAUUUGGGGAGCCCAGUGGGGAGCCCAGUGCUGAUAAUAUAAGUCCACAGGCCGGUAGCUAGAUAGCGCAGGUCUGGGAGCUGGAGCCUCUCUAUGCGCAGAUCAACAGACCUAAGAAAUAGCAUCAAUGUGGGCUCGUGGCGGGUGCUCCAAGACUGGCAUGGAAAUCAGCAUCGCGACAGGCUCUCUUGUAUUCUUUCACCUCACUUCAUCCCAUGAAGAAAUUCACGAUUGCCCAGUGGAACUCGGUUGGAAGAGGGAACUAAGAGUUUUUGGCAACCCACAGCAGAUAUCUAUGGCAGCACAAAACAAAACACACACAUGAAAGUAAAACAAAGUCACACCCCAUGUUAAAUCACAAAUCAAGCAAAUGCUUACCUGACAAAUAUUCUGAGGUCACUUAGUGUGGCUUGAAGAUGACCCAGAAUGCAAAAUGGUAAUUCUCUUUUUAUUUCUCUACCUGUUGCCCACUGUAGAGAUGUCAAAUUUGGAGUGACAGGCCUCAGAGAGGUGCAGCAAGGUUGAGACCGACAUUUUAGGCAAAGCAAGAUGCCCUCUGUGACCACCAUCUCCUUAUCCAUAGGCCUUCUGACACACAAUGAUGUUUUCUCAUCGCUCCACGGGGCCUGGUCGGCCACUUGUUCCCAUUCCUUCCCUUGUCGUGUUUGAAAAUUCAUGGGUGUACAAAUUUUUGUAUUGCUUUUGACUUUUUUAAGAUAUUGAUGAAGAAAUCUAACUGGAAAAAAGUCUCAUAUAUAAUGAAUUAACAGGAAAUCACAAGACAAAUAAGUGGUUGAUUAUUCUUUAUGAUCAAGAAUGUUGCCAAAACAACCCUUUAGCUAUUUCUGCGUCCUGGUGAAGAAAGGCAGCUUUCAGUUUGAACCUUCAUUUUGUGAGUAGGAGAGGACAUCAAAACCCCUGAUGAAAAAGAUGAAAAAAUACAUCUGAUUUCCUAAGAAGCUCUAAAUUCUAAGUACAAUAAAAUGAUAUUUUUUAUUUUUCCGAUAUCUUGCUGCUGUGAUGCUAUGCAGUCAAGUGUCUUCUCCACAUGCCAUUUUCAAAGAAAAGUCAUUUGCCAAAUAAUUCUGGUACAAUCCUGGUAAUGUGGCUUUGGAUCUUAAAAACUGACUUUCUAAUGGAACAAUGGUGACAUGAUUAUUCAGAAUAACAAACUGAUUCCGUGAUCACAAUGGUUCAUCUCUAUCUCUUUUUGUACAUCAGAAAAUUCAAAUGGGAUUUUUAUUUUAUAACUUGAAAAAAAAACCUUACCAUUAAACUCUUUAAAUAUUUAAGGGAAAUGGCUUUAAGGAGUUCUAAUGAAAAAAAAUCACCAGUUUUUUUUGUAAAUAUAAAUGUUAAUGAAAAUGCUUUUUAAUAAUGCCAUUACACUGUAGAGAAGGUAGCAGAUUGAGUGCAGGAUGUGACGAACUUGAUGGAUGGGGCUCGCUUUCCAGAUGUUAUUCUGGAGCAAACGGGAGGAAGCUGGAGUUGAGGGACAGCUGGCAGCAGCAGUUGGCCAAUCAGCAGCUAGUGAACAGAAAGGGAGCACGUGACUCCAUCAUCUAAUCUAGCCUUUCCACGAAAGUACCCACCCCCUGCAUCAAACAAGAAAAAGGCAAUUCACAUUUCGAAGUUCCGUCCUUCAGGUUCUAAACCUCCCUCCGACCUCUACAGUCUCACCCACCCCUAUAGAAAUCACUGGAUUGUUUGUACAUGAAACAGAAGAAUUUAAGCUUCCUUUUUUUACAUUUAUGAGACAAAAAGUGCAGUGUUCGGUUCAUAUGUUUAGCACAUGAUUUUCACAAAGAAUAUAUAUUUUUGCCCUACAGAGAAUUGUUCUACAGGUCAAAUGUGUUUUCCUGAUGUUCCUAUGCAGUUACAGUAUGUUGAAUUUAGUGGUUUAACACUAAAAAGAAAACUUCAAAGAAGUAUGUGAUUAAUUGGAUUUGAGGGUAAUUACUAUUACUUGGUUUUAAAAUUUGAAAAUUAGAAUUUACAUUGAUAUGAUCAACUUAAAUAGGCCUGUGUACUUUGGUUCUUCAUAUCAAUAGAAACUAAAAUGAUUUGGAAGAAGGUAUGCCUGCUCACAAAGAAAAUUGCUAAGUCCAAAUUUUACAUUAGUAGGUCACUGGAAUCUAACUUUGUUCCAGAUAGGGAAACUGACCAGAUGUCCAUUACAGAAUAUAUGUAAAUGUCAUGCUAAUGCAGAAGGUCUGAAGAACCUGGAAAGUAAGAAGGGCCAUUUACCUCCCUCUGUAGCUAUCACCUGUUCGUCCCCAUGAUUUGUCCGGGAACGUGCAUACAUUGUAUGAUUAGGUAAUCUUUUCACAUGAAGGGGGAAAUGAGAAAGGUGUACUAACCAUAAAAGUUGUCCCGAAACCAGCUUGAUGGUAUGCUUUGGGGAUUUGAUGAGACAGGCAGUUCCCAUUAACAAAUGGCUGAAAUGACAAUGCUGUCUGUGACUCUGAUUCUAAACAAGUGGUGCUAUCUUCUCCCUCAAUGUGGCUGUCUUGAGUGUAUCUGGCAGUAUCACACCCUAAUACUGAGUCUUGGGGUUGCUUCUGACACGUUCAAAGUGAACUGUGGCAGAUGUCACUCUAUCAGGUAAGCCGUCGAGAGCUAAUUUCACAGCAGAAGGUGACGACAGCCCGGUGGACUUGACCAUUCAUUGAAUGUGAUUGAAAAUGUAACUAGCUCAAAACUUAAAGAAGAUGGCUCAUGAGAUGCAUUCGGUGAGGGAACUAGAGUCAAGAUUUGAAACUGCCAUCCAUGUUACCGCUGGCAGAAUUCUGGCUUUUAAGGAACGCUGUUUGGUGAGCUCAGAACCACUGUGUCCUGUGCCAGGACGACAGUGAAAUGUCCAGAUGAGCUGAGGUGCCCAUAUCAAAAGGCCGUGGGGAGUCUGCAUGGUUCCAGUUCAACUGAUAGCAAGUACAUGUGUGCAGCUGUUAAUUUCUCAUCCUUCACUAGCACUAAAUUUGUCACUUUAAAUUUUGAAACCAGGGAAAUGCCACCUGUCACUCUGUCCCCAUUCCCCAUAGCUCUUCAACCUUCACAUGCCGCAGACGUUUUGGAUAAUUUGUGCUCAUCCCAUUGUCGGGCGAAACCCAUCCUGUCAUGUACCGGCACCUUCUUUUAAAAAAAAGUUUACUCUGUGGGUUUGGUUCAUUUCAAUCUCUGUGUUCUGACACAUAUUUUUUUAAUAAAGAUGAGAAAGAGAAAAUGACUGUUGCAGUACAUUUCUAGACCUACUUUAACCUUACCUCAGAUGACAGUUUGUUAACAUAUAUGGACACAUUAUUUUUAACUUUAUGUACAAUGCAUUCAACAGAACAGCAAAAUUUUUAGAAAUUUUCCAUUAAUUUCUGUAACACACCAUGUAAAACUUACAAAUAAACAUGUUUGAGAACAACA